AAUUCCGUAAACGUCACCGCCCAAUGUCCUUUCUCCGUCGGCUGCAAUCGCCCUCUUUCUGAGAAUCCCUUAUCCCUUUCGCAUACGGGUCCUCAUUGCGCGACAACGGCCCGAUCGAUUGAUCUGCAUCCGCAGACGUUCCCUCUCGGCGCUGCAAUGGCGGAGGUGACCUCCGCAGCAGGGAUCUCGGAGCCGCUCUUGUCGGUGGAGCAGGAGAACGAGAAGAUCCCGGCAUGGAAGGAGCAGAUUACUGUCAGGGGCUUGCUGGUCAGCGUCGUCUUGGGCUCUCUCUUCUGCAUCAUCACGCACAAGCUCAACCUCACCGUCGGGGUGAUUCCGUCCCUCAACGUGGCCGCGGGGCUUCUGGGUUUCUUCUUCGUCAAGAGCUGGACCGAAUUCACGUCCAAGAUCGGGGUGUGGUCCAAGCCGUUCACCAGGCAGGAGAACACGGUGAUCCAGACGUGCGUGGUCGCGUGCUAUGGAUUGGCCUUCAGUGGGGGGUUUGGCUCAUAUAUGCUCUCUAUGGAUCAAAGGACAUAUGAGCUUAUAGGAUCUGAUUAUCCAGGUAACAGAGCAGAGGAUGUUAAAAAUCCAUCUCUGGGUUGGAUGAUUGGUUUCAUGUUUGUUGUGAGUUUUCUUGGGCUAUUUAGCCUUGUGGCUCUGCGCAAGGUAAUGGUAAUUGAUUACAAGCUUACAUACCCCAGCGGGACAGCUACAGCUUUGUUGAUAAACAGUUUUCACACUAACACAGGGGCUGAGCUUGCAGGGAAACAAGUACGUUGCCUGGGAAAGUAUUUAAGCAUAAGUUUGUUCUGGAGCUGCUUUAAAUGGUUCUUCAGUGGUGUUGGAGAUUCAUGUGGGUUUGAUAAUUUCCCUAGCCUUGGACUCGCAGCAUUUAAGAACACAUUUUAUUUUGACUUUAGCCCCACAUAUGUCGGAUGCGGUCUCAUUUGCCCACAUAUUGUUAAUUGCUCAGUCCUGCUUGGAGCCAUCAUAUCUUGGGGUUUCCUUUGGCCAUUCAUCUCUACCAAAGCAGGGGAUUGGUAUCCAGAUAACCUUGGAAAUAAUGACUUCAAAGGCCUCUAUGGUUACAAGGUUUUCAUAGCAGUCUCUCUUAUUCUAGGAGAUGGUCUUUACAACUUGAUUAAAAUAGUGAUAAUAACUGUCAAGGAAAUCAUGAAUUCACGCUCAAAGAAGGCAUCACUUCCACUAGUAGCACUUCAUCAAGAUGAUGCAAGCUCCAAGCUUUUAACCGAAGAAAAUCAGAGAGAAGAAACAUUUUUAAAGGAUAGCAUACCAUCCUGGUUUGCAGGUUCUGGGUACAUUGCUCUUGCUGCUAUAUCAACUUCAGUAAUUCCAAACAUCUUUCCGCAGAUGAGAUGGUACCUCGUCCUCGCAUGUUACGUUGUUGCGCCUGCACUGGCCUUCUGUAAUUCAUAUGGUACUGGCCUCACUGAUUGGAACCUUUCCUCAACCUAUGGGAAGAUUGGACUUUUCAUCUUUGCUUCAUUGGUCGGAAGCAAAGGUGGUGUGAUUGCUGGGCUGGCUGCGUGUGGUGUUAUGAUGUCCAUCGUUUCUACUGCUGCUGACCUUAUGCAGGACUUCAAGACAGGCUACCUCACCCUAUCCUCUCCAAGGUCCAUGUUUGUAUCCCAGUUGAUUGGCACAGCCUUAGGUUGUGUCAUUGCUCCCGGCACCUUUUGGCUCUACUGGACUGCUUUUGACAUUGGAUCACCCGAUGGUGCCUACAAGGCUCCCUAUGCAGUCAUUUAUCGGGAAAUGGCCAUCUUAGGUGUUGAGGGCUUCUCAGCACUGCCACAGCAUUGUCUGGAGAUAUGCUGUGGGUUCUUUGUAGCUGCGCUGAUAAUUAAUCUUCUGAGGGAUGCAACCCCAAAGAGUGUAUCAAAGUACAUCCCGAUACCGAUGGCAAUGGCAGUUCCCUUCUACAUAGGAGCAUAUUUUGCGAUCGACAUGUUUGUUGGAACUGUGAUUGUGUUCGUCUGGGAACGGUUGAAUGAGAAGGAGGCCGAGGACUAUGCUGGAGCAGUGGCAUCAGGCCUGAUAUGCGGAGAUGGGAUAUGGACUGUUCCAUCGGCAAUCCUGUCGAUCUUUAGAAUUGAUCCACCAAUUUGCAUGAACUUUGCUCCUAGCAGUUAAAAUAUUUAUGCCCUGGAGAUGUGUGUGUAAAUGCACAAUACAGUUGCUUCAUUGUUCAUAUAAAUCCCUCAGCACUAUGUUAUGUAAAUAUCAAUUAUUAUGUGGGAAGGUUUCCAAAACGACAACGCCAUGAGCUUAUUCUUCUCCUAUGUUAUGAAUAAACGACAAUUAUAUAGGUUGUUUAAUUUUUUUU